AUGGCACAAUCCACACCUCGGUUUACAGAAAACCCACAGACAGGUGCAGUUACGUUCACAGCUCCAGCUUCCACCCCUCUCAUACUAAACAGGGCAUCAUCUUCAGCCAAGCCACUAGGUACCAUCGCAUAUGUUCUGAUCCUAAUGACCGUAAUUCCCAUCUAAAUGUACUCUCCCAAUCUAUGAGACAGAAAGGCUACAAACCAAAGACUAUCAAACAAAUCAACUCUGCUGAAAAAACGCCACGCACGCGCCUGCUACAGUACAAAGAGAAAAAAAUAUCCACACGAGUGCCACUUGUGGUCACCUACAACCCAGCUCUUGAGGAAAUACGGAAAAUCAUCACCUACAACCAAUAUUAA